GGUUGUUGCCUGUGAUGAUUAUCAUGAUAUGGACGUCUUGAGACGAACCGUCGACGGGAUUGUGUUAGAUGACGUCGGUCAGGUACAGUGGAUAUCAGAUCUUACAUCUAUCCCUACCGUGGAGUAUUGUGACAUUCUGAUUUAUUUCAUGAAAGUUUGUGGUUGGUCUGAAACAAGGUUGAAGAAUUAUAAAAGUGACAGUGGCUACAAGUUGUAUCUUGAUCAUCACAUCAGUGAAGUGUGUCUCGGUGCCAUUCCAAACAGUGGGUCGUACAUGUAUGUGAAGGCCUCCUGUAUUCCAGAGACUAGACAAAGUGCUACACCAUAUUCUACAUGGCUCCUUAUAAAGCAGGACGGACAUGUGAAAUCUGGUGGUUGUACAUGUGUUGCUGAUGAUGGUACAUGUAAGCAUUGUGUGGCUUUGCUGUUUGCCAUGUCAGCAUUCUGCGAACGACAUCAAGACAGGAGCACUGAGGUUGGUACAGAUGUUGCUUGUGUGUGGGACAAACCCAAGAAAACAACUACACCGUUGGAGAUUGAGGACAUGGAUAUCCGUGUAAACAAGGUAACACCCAAGCCCAAGUCUGCUAGUGCUGAAAACUACAAUCCCACAGUAAGGUCAGAGUGUUUGUCAAAAAGACAGGUGGAGAAAGAGAUCUUCACUUUGUGUAAGGGGAGUAACAGUGUACUUUUACAAGCUUUGGAUCCACCAAGUGAUGAUGAUGACAGUUUAGAUGAUGAAACUUUCCCACCUACAUUGCUGGAAAUUGCAGAAACUCUGAAAGGUAAUGGUGAUGAUGUAAAUGCCUUAGCCUCAAAAGUUAAUUCAGCACACUCUGGUGCAGAAACUGUGAACAGGAUUGAAGAAAUGACCAGGGGUCAAGCUGAUAAUCCUGAUUGGUUCGCUUAUAGGACAGGACGUGUGACAGCCUCCAUAUUUUCCUCAGUGAUGCACUUUAGAUUUAAUGAAAACUAUGAUAACUAUAUUGUGAAGAAAAUCAUGUGUCCCCAACCACCAGCUAUGUUCUCGAGGUCAAGUGGUCCAGAUGUUCUCAAGUUUGGCAAGGAUCAUGAACCUAUUGCACGGUCGUUGUACACAACACAGUAUGCCACUAGCCACAAGACGUCAUCAGUCAGAGAGUGUGGUUUGUUUAUUGAUGCUGAACAUCCAUUCAUGGGUGCCUCACCCGAUGGUGUUGUGUGCUGUAAGUGUUGUGGGAAAGGAUUAUUAGAGGUGAAAUGUUCAUAUUCAUUUAGAGAUUCAACGCCUCAAACUGUAUGUGAUGAUCCCCACUACCACUUGUACAGUGAUGAUGCAAAUAUCAUCCAUUUGAAAACUGAUUCCCCUUGGUACAUUCAGAUUCAGGGACAGAUGGGAGUGUGUAAGAUCAACUGGUGUGACUUUGUAUUUUACACAAAGAAAGGGUUUUCUGUGGAAAGGAUCUAUUUUGACCCAGCUGUUUAUGAACAAAUCAUUGAAAAAUCUGAAAGAUUUUGGAACAAGUAUGUUGCAAGGGCAUUGUUGCAAUAGUGAUUAAAAACUAGUAAGAAAGUGACUAAGAUCCAUAAUGAGAGGGAAAUGUACAUGUAGGAUAUUAUUUGCUACUGAUCAAUGUCUUAGAAAAUUUAUAUUGAUAUUUUAAUGUUACUUGCAGUAACCUACAUCAAAAUUAUCUGGUCAUGGUAUUCACAUUGUGUUUAAUGAAAUUUAUCUUAAUGGAUC